AUGGCAUCAUCAUCACCAACCCUGAAAGAAAAUAUCAAGAAGGCCUACGACAACGUAGCAGUCAAGUACGCAGAAUGGACGAAAUCAAGCUAUCCUACCCGCGUCGAAUAUCUGCAGAAGCUGCUCGCAUACCUUCCGCCCGCACCAGUUGAAAAGUCGGUUCUCGAGUUAGGCUGCGGUUCGGGCCAGCCUUGCACUGCGAUCCUUGCUUCAAAUCCUGGCAUGAAAGUUACGGCGAACGAUAUCUCUUCUGUGCAGCUUGCGCUUGCCAAGGAGCACCUCCCUUCUGCAAAUGUGUCUCUUAUUGAGGGAGAUAUGAUGGAGCUGUCGUUUGAAGACAACAGUUUCGACGCCGUGAUUGCCAUGUAUUCGAUCCUCCACCUGCCGAAGGAGGAGCAAGUGACUCUACUAAAAAGGAUAUACAAGUGGCUGAAGCCUGGGGCAUUGUUUCUGGGGAGUUUUGUGGCAGGCCUUAAGGAUGAGGACUUGUUUGAUAAGCAUUGGUUGGAUGGGACGGAUGGAGAGAUGUUCUGGAGUGGCUGGGGAGAGGAAAGGACCUGUGAGAUAGUCUCUUCAAUUGGGUUUGAGCUGAUUCUCAGGGAGGUUGUCGCUGAGAUCGAGGAAGAGAAAGGAGAAGGAAGGGAAAUUCCCUUUUUAUGGGUCCUUGGGAAGAAGACGGAUAAUUAA